AUGGCUAGCAAUAUGUGUUUAUACCAUCAAAUGUUCGAAAUAUUUUCAUGGCUACCUGUAAAACUUUUAUACAAGUUAUCAGUUUUAAAAGAGAUACGAAGUUUCCUCUCCGAAGACUCUUUUGUGGAGAAACAAUGUUAUAAUUCAAGUACAAAAACUGCUGAAUCUUUGAUUAUACAAAAUGAUUCUUGUUUAAGAAUAAAAGACACGCUACAUAUUUGUUUUUUAUUCAAAGAUCACACUAAUAAUGGUGUUCCUAUCGAUUCCCUCAAAUUUAUUACUGAGAAAGGGCGUGUUUUAGCAUCUAGUAAUGGUCUGAUUUUGUGUAGAACAAUUAAUUCACAGGAGCCAACUAAAUUAUUUUUGUGUAAUCCUGUCAGUAAAACUUGGUUGCCUAUUACAUUGCCGAAUAAUGAAUUAGCUGAAGCAUGCAAGAACGAUACAGAUGUUAAUAUAGUUUUUAUUUGUGGUUCUAUUAAUUUUUCAACCAAAAAAAAUAAGUUUCCAUUAGAUUAUACCCUUUUAGUCUUUGAAGUUGUAGUAAAUGAUUUGGAAUAUUGUUGGAAUAAUAAGUAUAAUGUGUACAUGUUAGAGGAAGGUGAUUGGGUACUCAAAACAAAAAAAUUAAUAACUGGGGGAAGACAGUUGGAUUUUGAUAAUUACGUAUGCUUCAACGGUGGUCUAUAUUUCAUGUCAAUAUCCAAUUCUUGUUAUAGAGCUGAAUCUCUGUAUUAUUACCCUUACAUAGUUUAUUAUAACAUGAAGAAUGAAGCUUCAAGUAUGAUUUCAUUGCCUCAUGAAGCAAGAGAAAAUUUUAAUUUCAGCGAUUGUUAUUUUCGCAUAUUUGGAUGGGAGCGUCUUAGUGGUAAUUCGUGGUUUUUUUCGUUAUGUUUGGUAAAGUACUUAAACAUGGAAAUCAACAUAUGGGUUAUGGAUGAAGGCGAUGCUACAGAUGGUGAGAAAUUAUGUUCAUGGAGGUGGCUAUUAAAACUAAAUAUUAAAGAAGACUUGGGGCUCAAGGAUGCCUUACAUUGGACAAAUAGCUUUACUGUUGUGGAUAAACAAUUUAUAUUUAGUGAUUCUAACGGCUAUAUUUAUCGGUAUCAAUUGGAGGGCAUAAAUCUUGGAAAGUUGAAAAAGAUUAAUAAGUAUAAAAAUAGUUGUUACAAACUUCGAUUCAAUUCUUAUUCCACAACUCUUCGGCCUUGCUCCAAGAAUCUCAUAGAGUCCUCUCUAAAAAUAGAGUAA